AUGCUCUUCAACAUUCAACACUUUGCCGUCUUCGCCAGCAUCUCAAUAUUCGCCAAUGCGCUGCCAUUUGACACGCCUCGCCAAAUUGCCCCGCGACAAAAGAACUAUUCAGUCAUCAAUGUCGACGGCGGAUCAUCGAGCGAUGCUGCGCAAGCAACGACAGUAGUCAAAUCAACCAAGACUGUCGAAGUUAUCAACCCGGGACCGACUGUCACUCAAGAAACCACUACUACUGUCUUGAGCGUCGCUCCAGCACCUACUCGAAAAAGCUCGACUACGGAUUGCACGACGAGUGCGCCUUCUUCUACCAUCACAUCUUCAACCAAGACGUCGUCUUCUGUUGUCACAAGCAGCAGCUCGAAACCAGUUGAGACACCAAAGCCCAUUUUUGUGACUAUCACGGUAUCGAAGGAUGAUGGACCGACCGAGUACUAUGACAAUGGACUCUGGCAUACAUUGUACCGUAUCAAGACGUUUGAAGCUGCCGUUGCUACAUUAGCAUCCUCGGCAUCCAUGUCGAGCACAAUCGUCGCUCCCAUUCUGGAGACUCCGGCGCCGUCAUACAACGUGACGAGCUUCCAGCAGUAUGCAUAG